CGCAGCCAAUGGGGAGGCGGCGUGGUGAGGGCGGCGGCGGUUAUGAUGCGCCGGGCCGGCGGUCGGCGGCCAAUCAGUGGCGAGCGCGAGGGCGGGCUGUGACGCGGCCGGCGCUCCUCGUGCGGCGGCGGCAGAGGAGCGAGUGCAGCUGCCAGCAGCACAUCUCCGCGCCACAGUCGCCACGGCCACCAAAGCCGCCGCAGCCGCCGCCACCGCCCCGCGCGCCCAACCGCCGCGGCCCCUCGCCCCGCCGGCCUGCCAGUGAGCGAGCGGCGAGCGGCCUCCCGCUCGGCCCCCUGAGGCGGGCGCCCGGCCGGACCCUGAGCCUCGUCCUCUCGCGCUGCGGCCGCCCGCGCCUCCUCGGCCGCCUGUCGGGCAUGAAAACCAAGUUCUGCACCGGGGGCGAGGCGCAGCCCUCGCCGCUCGGGCUGCUGCUGAGCUGCGGUAGCGGCAGCGCGGCCCCGGCGCCCGGCGUGGGGCAGCAGCGCGACGCCGCCAGCGACCUCGAGUCCAAGCAGCUGGGCGGCCAACAGCCGCCGCUCGCGCUGCCCCCCCCGCCGCCGCUGCCGCUGCCCCAGUCCCCGCCGCCGCAGCCGCCGGCAGACGAGCAGCCCGAGCCCCGGACGCGGCGCAGGGCCUAUCUGUGGUGCAAGGAGUUCCUGCCCGGCGCCUGGCGGGGCCUCCGCGAGGACGAGUUCCACAUCAGUGUCAUCAGAGGCGGCCUUAGCAACAUGCUGUUCCAGUGCUCCCUACCUGACACCACAGCCACCCUUGGCGAUGAGCCUCGGAAAGUGCUCCUGCGGCUGUAUGGAGCGAUUUUGCAGAUGAGGUCCUGUAAUAAAGAGGGAUCCGAACAAGCUCAGAAAGAAAAUGAAUUUCAAGGGGCCGAGGCCAUGGUUCUGGAGAGCGUUAUGUUUGCCAUUCUCGCAGAGAGGUCACUUGGGCCAAAACUCUAUGGCAUCUUUCCCCAAGGCCGACUGGAGCAGUUCAUCCCGAGCCGGCGAUUAGAUACUGAAGAAUUAAGUUUGCCAGAUAUUUCUGCAGAAAUCGCUGAGAAAAUGGCUACGUUUCAUGGUAUGAAAAUGCCAUUCAAUAAGGAACCAAAAUGGCUUUUUGGCACAAUGGAAAAGUAUCUAAAGGAAGUGCUGAGAAUUAAAUUUACUGAGGAAUCCAGAAUUAAAAAGCUCCACAAAUUGCUCAGUUACAAUCUGCCCUUGGAACUGGAAAACCUGAGAUCAUUGCUUGAAUCUACUCCAUCUCCAGUUGUAUUUUGUCAUAAUGACUGUCAAGAAGGUAAUAUCUUGUUGCUGGAAGGCCGAGAGAAUUCUGAAAAACAGAAACUGAUGCUCAUUGAUUUUGAAUACAGCAGUUACAAUUACAGGGGAUUCGACAUUGGAAAUCACUUCUGUGAGUGGAUAUAUGAUUAUAGCUAUGAAAAAUACCCGUUUUUCAGAGCAAACAUCCGGAAGUAUCCCACCAAGAAACAACAGCUCCAUUUUAUUUCCAGUUACUUGCCUGCAUUCCAAAAUGACUUUGAAAACCUCAGUACUGAAGAAAAAUCCAUUAUAGAAGAAGAAAUGUUGCUUGAAGUCAAUAGGUUUGCCCUUGCAUCUCAUUUCCUCUGGGGACUUUGGUCCAUUGUACAAGCCAAGAUUUCAUCUAUUGAAUUUGGGUACAUGGGGACAGUAAGUGAAGAAGAGUCGGUGGCUCCUGCCUGUGCUGUGGAAGGUUUUAUUUAUCGGUUACCACUUCAUUCUCCAGCCUGUAGUGCCUGACUUUGGGUUGGAAGCUGGACUACGCCCAAGCAAGGUUUGAUGCCUAUUUCCACCAGAAGAGGAAGCUUGGGGUGUGACUGUGGGGAGGACUCCAUCCACCUCAUCACUGGACUGCAUGGGGAGGCAGCAGAGCGGGGUCCCCUCUGUGCUUCGACUACUGCUCCUGUGGCAGGAGGCUUUGGGUGGCUCACUACUGAACACAGAUGUGUAUGAUACUAAAGACUGUAUUAAAAUGGAGUGACGUUUAUUUCAUAUCUUGUUUACAAUUUCACUAGGACUCAGAAACGAGAUUGGGAAGCAGAAAUAUAGUGCAAUAGUGCAACAUCUCUGAAUCCUUUUAAUCUAGAGAAGGCGUUUCAUAUUUGGGGGCUAAGGUUUCCAGUCAGAUAGGGCAAACAGCAAGAGUAAGCAGUGUUACUUGCAGGUACUUUGGUUAAUGUUGAUUUAAAACUUUUUUUUCAUGAAUAUGCUGGUGAACACUGUGACCAGGCUUUUGUAGAUGGCGAUGUGUUAUAGACGGUGCUCACUCCCAGGGGACAGCAAGUGAGCAGAGAUGUACUGCGAAGUCGCCAGUCACGGCCUCUGCCUGGGGCCCCCGGAAGCUGCUCCUCUACCCCCUUGGUCCCAUGGCUGAAGCUGGAGCAGCGGAUUGCUCUGGAGCGGCCAAGGCCGCCUGCGUGUGGAGCAGAGCUCUCCCCUCCUGCUGGGCGUGUGUGACACUGAUGAGUUUCACUGUACUGCAUGUGACUUCUCCCCUGCCCUUCCUCCUGAUGGAGUGUGCAGACAGCCAUGCGUGGCCACAGGGGCAGUGUGAGGACCUCCCUGUCUCCCGGCCCCUCUCCCAGGGGAGCCAGCUGUUUGACCUAGCUCUUUGGGCCUCCCCUGCCCUCUGCUCUGCCUGGAGUGUGGGAUCCUGUGAGUGGGCUGGGCCGCCCCUGGGCAGGGUGAGGGAAACCCUGGCCUGGGUUCUCCAAGGGCCCGGUUUCCCGGCCCUUACCUUUCCCGAUGUCCCUGACAUCAUCAUUUUGUGGGAGACGGCAGCCUGUAUGUGGUGCAGGGUGUGGAUCGAGUGUAGCUGUGAAAUCCAUAUAUAUGAAAUGUCCCGCGGGAUACAGUCUUCGCUGACUUUUUUUUACUCUGAAUCUUAUUUGAAUUGUUUUUUGUGCAUAUAUUUCUGCUACCACAGAGAUUGUACUAUACAAAUAAAAAAAUAAAAACCCAA